AUGACGCGCCUAAACGCUACUGAUCUAUGCACUCAAGCCUCCCAGCUUGUCGGACAGCUACGGACAAAAGAUGGCGAGCUGGGUUUCAUGUCCCCGGCAGUCUACGACACGGCCUGGGUAUCCAUGGUCAGGAAGACGACAUCAGAGGGCCCUCAAUGGCUUCUGCCGGAAUGCUUUGAGUACAUUCUACGGACGCAGCUACCGGACGGCGGAUGGGAGGCCUACGCCUGCGACAUCGACGGUAUCCUCAACACCGCGGCCUCCUUACUGGCCCUGGAGACUCAUGCAGAAAGCCCCAUUGCCAGCACUGAUCCUCCCGUGGUAAAGAUAAAGGAACGGGUUGAGCGGGCCCGCGGUGCCCUCGCGCGCCAACUGCAAGCAUGGAAUGUGAGAGAUACCGUCCACGUGGGAUUCGAAAUCAUUCUGCCCGCGCUUCUACGGCAGCUGCACAGCAAAGGGCACCAGUUUGAAUUUGACGGGCGAGGCGAGCUGGAGCGGCUCAAUCGUCUCAAGCUCUCCAAGUUCAAGCCAGAGUACCUCUAUUCCGCCAAGACCACCGCACUGCACUCGCUCGAGGCUUUCGUUGGUAUGAUUGACUUUGAUAAAGUGGCGCACCAGAAGGUCAAUGGCUCUUUCAUGUUCUCCCCAUCCUCCACAGCUGCAUACCUUAUGUUUGCAUCUUCGUGGGAUGAAGAUUGCGAACAAUACCUGCGAUUGGUGCUGCAGAAUGGCGCGGGAUGUGGCAGCGGAGGGAUGCCGAGCGCUUAUCCUUCCAAGUACUUCGAGGUCUCGUGGGUUCUCACCACGCUUUUGCACAAUGGAUAUUCGCCAAGCGACCUCGGUCUCGAGAACACCGACCUCCUCGGCGAGAUGCUUCGCAAUGCGCUACUCAAAGGAGGAGGGACUAUAGGAUUUGCUCCGUUAGUCCAGGCGGAUGCCGACGAUACCGCCAAAGCGCUGCUGGCUGUAUCCUUGCUGGACAAACCAGUAUCGGCCCACGGCCUGAUAGAAGAAUUCGAGGGCCCGAGUCACUUCCGCACCUAUCACGGCGAGAGAGAUCCCAGCUUUACGGCAAACUGCAAUGCAUUGCUGGCCCUCUUGAGUAGGCCAGAUGCGUCCACCUUUGUGACCCAAAUCCAAAAGGCAGCGGCCUUCCUGUGCGACGUCUGGUGGACCGCGGACAGUCAUAUUGGGGAUAAAUGGAAUCUCUCGCCGUACUAUCCAUCCAUGCUCAUGGCGGAGGCUUUCGGGAAGCUGCUGCAGGUGUGGUCAAACGACGGGCUCAAGUCGAUUCCCAGCCGGUUGAUCAGAGAUCGAGUGUCGAUCUCGCUGUACCAGGCAUUGGUUCGCACGCUACAGACUCAGAACGAGGACGGAUCUUGGGGCUCGCCACCCUCUCACGAAGAGACGGCAUAUGCCAUCCUGACCAUCGCUCACGCAUGCCAGUUGCCCGUCGUCAACCAACUGUGGACAAACGUCCAAUCUGCAGUGUCUCGAGGCCGCAGGUUCCUGGACAAGACUGCAGGAGAUAAGCCGGAGUAUCUGUGGGUAGAAAAGGUGACGUACGGCUCAAUUCUCCUCAGCAAGAGCUAUGUCCUUGCGGCGCUGAAGGUCUCCUGUGAACGGUCUUAUCCCGCUCGUCUCGUGGAUUUGUUCAACGUGAGCAAGAAGACGGUCAUGGAGUUCGCACGCUUCAAUUCCAUGCUUCCCCUGUUUUCCAGUAUGGAACCCUGGAAGAUUCGAGCCGCCAUAGUCGAGGGUUACAUGCUGCUACCACAGCUACGCGACCGACGCCUGGCCGUCUUCCCUCGCACGGGCAUGGAAGAGGACAAGUAUUUCGAGUACAUCCCGUUCACUUGGACCUUGUGCAAUAAUCGCAGGAACACUUUUCUCUCCACCAAAACGCUGGUGGAGAUGAUGGUGAUCUCGUUCCUCAACUAUCAAGCCGAUGAAUUCAUGGAAGCGGUGGUUGGAAGACUCGAUAGCAGCCAGCGAUCCAUGACUCGGUCAUGCAUCGACGAGAUAUUUCUCACACUUGACCACACGGAAAGCAAUGCGACUACGCCACCCUGUCCAGAGAACACCGACGCAGACAGCUACAAGGGCCUUCCCCACGUGAAACGGAUCAAGACGGGCUCAAAGGCAUCACCCACGCCGCUCCCGAGCGAAGUUACCCCCGUACUGAGUGCCUUCGUCCACCACGUCAUGGACCAUCCUAGCAUGAAAGCCGCCGCACCCCUCGAGUACGAGCGAGUAAAAGACGAGCUGAAGAGAUUCCUGCUAUCGCAUAUCCAGCAGGCAGACGACAACAGCCGCUUCGCCGCCCAGCUCGAUUCCACCCGCGACGACUUCCAAACCGCCCGCUCAAGCUUCUACCGCUGGGUGUAUUCCACCUCGUCAGACCACACGUCCUGCCCCUACUCAUUCGCCUUCUACCAAUGCCUCCUGGGAUUCGAGCACGCCUCGACCAACGCCGCGUGCUUCCGGACCGGCGAAGAGAAAUACAUCGCCGAAGCGAUGUGCCGCCAUCUCGCGGUGAUGUGCCGCAUGUACAACGACUACGGAUCCCUGGCCCGUGACCGUGACGAGCAGAAUGUCAACUGCGUCAACUUUCCCGAGUUCGCGCAGGCCGGGCCCAAGUCGGAUGCGGUCCGGCAGAAGCAGCUGUUCUCGCUCGCCGAGUUUGAGCGGUCGAAUGUCGAACGAGGCUUGGAGGUGUUGGCGGAGAUGGCUGCUCGGGAUAGAGCCAAGACGAGGGUUCUCGAGAAGGUGCAGAUGUUUUGUGAUGUGACGGAUUUGUACGGACAGAUCUACGUGGCGAGAGACAUUGCGAGUCGGAUGUAG